AUGGAACCGUACAAAUAUUUGGUGACACCCUUCUGGCGUGGCAAGAAGGAGCUGACAUCGACGGGAAGAACGUUACUGUCCGCCCACUCGGCGCGGCAGAUGACGGCGUACAUCCAAUCGGGGGCCGGGUACAAGGGGGCGUCGUCCAGAAAUCCCACCACGCAGAUCUUGGCGGAAAAGCUCGCGCUUGAUGCCAUCCAAUUGGGUCUGUGCAUGCAGGAAAAGGGGACGUUCGUCGGCAUGACGCCAGACGCUCUGUUCGAAGCGGUGAACGAGUGGGGAAAUUUGCCGGCGGUGGUGAAAGCAGAGUCAGAAGGCGAUGCCAGUGAUGAGGACUCAGGUGAAGGCACCGAAACCAGGGUGGCGACCGGGGUAAAGGCGGCUGAGCACUUGGCGAGGAAGUUGCUCAUGUCGGCCGCGUCGGCGGAGAUCUCACGUCUCAAGUCGGCAUUACCCGGAGAUCUUUUGAUUUCCGAGCUCGAUAGGGCGAAUUCGAGCUUCGAAAGCAACGGUUUCACCUCACUAGGUCGAGCUUACGGAGCCACGAGGGCGAAACAAAAUGAGGCCAACCGAGUCGCAAACGCAUUAAGGAACGACGUGCUACUGCCGUCGACGGCGUUGUCCGGCGCGUAUUCCUGUAUCGCAGCGCUUGCUGAAUUACGGAGAUACGUGGCCGAGUCUGACUGGAGCCUUACUUUGUGCGGUCUGCCAACUUUCAGUGAAAUCGAUAAAAGAACUGUUCUUUUACGAGCUACUGAUGGCACCGUAAUUCAAGAAAAGUUGGCCGAAAUGAACCGAGUAUCUCUGAUGAGCAACGUCGCAGCGGAAGCUACUGACUUUGACGAGUCUGUCCAGUACCUGGAUGCCGUCUUCCGCGCGGAAGCGGCUCAGGAGGAGCUUGUUCAGCGACCCGGAACGAAGACCGCCCCCAUCGUCGUUGGCAACGCCCGCAGCGAGCGAGCGAAGGGCCGCGAACGUCGGGAAUCUUCAGGUCGCAACUCCAUCAAGGUCGCCGCGAAGCCAAAGCCAAAGACGGGGGAGAGUCGAACGGAUUUCUAUGACUUCAUUAAGUCGAAUCCUGGCGACUGCUUCAGGUGCAAGCAAAAAGGACAUCUACAAAAAGAUUGCCCGUCGAAGUUGAAGAACGGUGAGAGCGAGACGCGGAGCGGAGGAGCAUAUGUCUGCCUCCCGGCAGCGUACCGCGCCGCGCCUACCACUGUGUCCAACAUUAUUUUGGAUACGGGGGCCGCUGCAGUCUCAUACGUCACGAAGGAUGAAGGUUUCGAUAUCCGGACGCGGGUCACCACCGAUGCGAUCGUCAGCGGCAUCGGCAACGGUGCUGUUUCUGCGCCACAAGGUGGGACGGUUUACGCUAGGGUACCUGCGACCGUCUACCUCCCGAACGGCAGAAAGAUCGAACGAAAAGAGGUUGUCAGGUUCGAUGCUGUGCUCGCGCCGAAGUUGGUGAAGGGGGGCACGGGCCUGCUCUCCCUCGCUGGCUUCGUGCACGACGGCGGCGUCAACGCCCUCGUCCGCAAAGUGGAUCAACAGGUCGACCCGGAUGACAUCAGUCACCCGGUUGACAUGUGCCUUCAGUUGGGAGCGGUGGGUGCUCUCAAGGAUCGCACGAAGCGCAUCGAGGUGAUGUUCAAAGCCAGAGACGGCCUCCUUUGGGCUCCGAGAAUGGAAUUCUUGGGGCAAAGUGAGAUCGAAUCCCUCGUCCCGAACCCACCGAAGGCGUUAAAGCAUUUUAACGCAGUCAUCAAGGGCGAGUGA